GGCGGGUAUAUUUAACUGGGGCGCGCCGGCGGCGGCGCGGCGGCGCGGCGGCGGCCGACGUUACGUGCGCUGGCGGCCUGGGACGGCGCGCCACCAUCGGCCUUACGGCGCCGCUAAACGUCGCGACAUCAGUGAUAGAUUACCGCGUCGGUGGAGUGCAGAGUGGGUGAUUACUGCGCGCGGUGGUGGCGCGUGCCGGCUGUGUGGGUUCUGGCUGUGGCUGGCGGCGGCCCGGUGGACCACGCUGCUGGCGGCGGACCUCGCGCAGGUGGCCGUGGUCAGCAUGUCGAACGGACGCGUGCUGCACGUCAUGGACUGCGUCGGCCGAGGCUGCGCGGACCUGAUGCUGGAGCUUCAGCACGCCAUUGACAGAGGGCAGCACCGGGAGGCGGCCGUGCUGGCGCGCCGGCUGGCCGCGCUCAAGGCGGAGAAGAGUCGCCUAGUGGGCGCCACUAUUGCUGUGGACCUGUUCGUGGAGGACCGUGCCUGCCACGUGGGGCCCAUCCCGCUCCGGCUGUCCCCGCUGAUGGCGGUGCACGAGCUCAAAGCACAGAUUGAGCGGGACUACGCGCUGCCGGCGCCCUGCCAGCGCUGGAUCCUGGACAGCCGGAUGGUGGCCGCCACGGUCGAACAUCUCAGCUUGGCAGAGAGCGGGGUCACAGACGGCUCGGCCAUCUACCUGUACCUCACCCCGACGGCAGGCCACGCCGCCAGCUCGGUGACCGGCCCGGCGACCGGUCCGGCCGUGUCGCCCGCCGCCUUCCUGCGGGCCGGCCCCAGCGGCGGCGGAGACUGCGACACGAUCCCCGCCCACGCGGCGCGCACUUCCAGCGGCGAGGAGUUCCACGACGCGGACGACCGUGGCUUGCGUCCCUCGAUCGGGCCUGACCACAAGCCGCAGGGUCCCCGGAGCGUGGGCACGGAGCUGCAGAGCCAGAGGAGCCCUGGCACGGAGCAAAAGAGCUUACGAAGUCCCAGCGUCGGGCGACCGAGCCCACAGAAUCACAACGCGGAGCCGCAGAGUCCCAACAAGGCGCAGAAUGGCUGGGAUGGGCCGCAGAUAAGCGACGGCGCGGUCAGCGCGAGUGCAGUGACAUCUGACGGAAGUGACGCGCACCAGUGGUGCUGUGACGCCGCGCUUGGGGGCGAAAGCCCGGCGUUCGGCCGGCGGCCACGCGCCAACCUCGAGGUCCCGCCGCCACUGCCCGUGAAGAAGCGACAUCUGGUGGCCAUGACGUCAUUCGACACGGCGUCUCGAGACAAGGAUGCGAGCAGCGGGUCGGCUUUGGUGCAAGAGCAGAGUCGGACCGUCGCGCCGGCCAUCGGUCCUCCGCAGACCCCGCCCACCUCCCGUGCGUCCGCCGCGGAGCCGAGCCCCGCCCGCGAUCCCGCCAGCUCCCCGGCCGGCAACGGCGGCGCCGGCACGCUGACCGUCUGGGCCUCCGACGCGGCUGACCCGCGGCCGGCCUCCUCCUCACCGCCGCCUCCACUGCCGGUGAAGCUCCGCCUGCCCUCGCCGGGCCUCGUGCGGCGCAGCGAGGCCGAAACGAGCACGCUCGCGAGGCGGGACGAGGGCUCGUCCUCGUCAAGCGAGACGGCGCUGUCAGAGGAGCGGAGUGCGGACGUGCCGGUGUGGUGCGGCUCCGGCCCGCAGCGGGAGUCAGACUCGGCUGAUGUGGAGCAGGGGCAGACCGUCGCGAGGCCCUCCGCCGCCUCCCCGGGCGGCGCCGCGGCGCUUCCCCGCUCGCGCCGGUCGCCGGCGGCGGUGCGACGCCGCUCCUCCGGCGCCGUUCUGGAGAAGGUGGCGCUGUUCUCAGGCGGCGGCGUGGCUGGCCGCGUGCCGCCGCCGCCGCCGCCGCCUGAGCCGGCUGCCGCCAACUACGCCGCCCACCUGGAGGCCAUGCGCCAAGAGCUGGUGCCCAACGCCGAGCCGUUCGAGUGUCCCGUGUGCUUCUGUGAGGUGGCCGCCGGCGCAGGCGUGGUGCUGAGGGAAUGUCUGCACACCUUCUGCCGAGAAUGCCUGGCGGGGACGGUGAACCACUCCGACACGGCCGUGGUCAAAUGUCCUUACAUGAGCUCAAAGUACAGCUGCCAGAGCAUCGUUCAGGAGGUGGAGAUCAAAGCGCUGGUGACCCCCGCCGAGUACGAGCGCCAUCUGGCACGCUCCCUGAACCACGCCAAGGUGAACGCGGCCGACUCGUUCCACUGCCGCUCGCCCAACUGCAGCGGCUGGUGCAUGUUCGAGGACAACGUCAACGUCUUCCGCUGCCCCGUCUGCCGCCGCUCCAACUGCCUGACGUGCCGGGCUAUUCACGAGGACUGCGACUGCAAGACGUACCAGCGUCGACUGCAGGACCAGGCCGAGACCAGUGAGGACGCCAAGAAGACGCAGCAGUUUUUGGACGAGAUGGUGUCGCGCGGGGACGCGCUACGCUGCCCCAUCUGCGAUGUGAUCCUGAUGAAGAAGUGGGGCUGUGACUGGGUGCGCUGCUCCAUGUGCAAGAACGAGGUGUGCUGGAUCACCGCCCAGCCGCGCUGGGGACCCGGGGGAAAAGGCGACAUAUCUGGAGGCUGCCGGUGUGGAGUUAACGGCAAGAAGUGUCAUCCGAAGUGUGUCUACUGCCACUGAUCGCGUGAUGGCCGAAACAUGCGUAGUACAUAGUUUCGCACUACUCGAUUCGAACUCUUUCAAAACAACUCUGCCAUUGGCUGCGUCCACGCCAGCUGCCGAUUGUUGUCGAACUUUCAUGUGUCGUGCAACUAUGAAUGGUGACCGCUUGAGAAUGUUACGCUUAUUCGUGUAAGAUAACGCUGUUUAGCGUCAGUGAAAGCCAAAAAUAUAACAUUUUGUACCUGGGAAAGCGUUCUGUUAUUGGACAUUUGUAAAGGGCUUCUCUUACUGUGACUAGUCUCGUAGUGGGCCAAGAGACAUGACCAUCAUAUUACAUUGUUCGACGUUGAUGUUUUUUUAUCAGAGAAAAGGUAGUCAUUUGGUUGUAUUUAGCUAUUGACGAUAUACACGGCACAUAUCCAGGAGAACACCGGUCUGCGCUCUGGUGAAGUCAUCCAGUCGAGGACACUCAGCAUCUCUUCUUUUUGACAACGUGGCGUUUCUUCGGUGCACAGGAGUUCUUCCGAGACUUCGAGCGGCGAGCCCUCCUCGGCUUCUUAGCUCCCCCGCAGCCUCCUGAUUUCCUCGACCUAGAGCGAGACCGGUGGGCUCUCUUCUUUCCGCCGCCGCCACAGCUAGACUUCUUGGACCUGGAGCGAGAUCUCUUUGCUCGUUUCUUGGGCCCGCAUCCACCGGAUUUCCUGGAACGGGACCUCCUUGAUCCACGCCUCUUGGACCCGUGUCGCUUGCCUUUGGAAUGCUUGCGACCCCUGCUGGAGCCGCAGCCCUUUUUCUUGUCACCGAGCGGCCAUAUCUUGACGUCGCUGCCUUUGACAUCCAACAGGAUUUUCUUCAUUUUCGCCAUACUGGAAUUUCGAGCCCGAACCAUUUUCGAAAAAUGUUUGGGCGAAACCAA